AAAAGGGGAGGCGAGAGGGGUAAACAAGAUGGCGGCGGCGUGCUAGUUGCGGCGGCAGGAAGGCAAGGGCGAGGUGGCUUUUGGGGGAAAUAAAGGGGCGCCCUUCUGGGGGGAGGGGGUCUCAAGAGGGCGGGGUUGUAUUUAUCUGCCUAAUUGGAAGGAGAGCGCGGGAGGGCCUGCUUGCCACCCACCUUUGCGUGGAUUUUGAGGAGAGCGGUGAGGAGAAAGUAGGCCUCUCCGGCCCCUCAGCCUCGAGCGAGGCUCCCCUUGGCCUCUCUGUGUGUGGCUUCCUUUCCUUGGCGAGGAGUGAGUGGUUGUUGUCAUCCAGCCCCGCUUCCUGUAGGUCUGCAGCUUGGCACUUGCUUAGAGGCACCAGAGAGGGUUUCAGGGAGCAGUUUGGGUCGUCUUGUUCUUAUUUCUCAAAGGUAUAAAAGGAGACCUUUCAUUGGACACCACUUUGGGGCAGAAGAGGAAUAGAUCCCGAAGCUUCUUAGAUACAGUGUGUGCCUCUAUAUACACACACACACACAUACACACAUCCAGAAGCUUCUUAUUUAUAGUAUCUACAUAUAUAUCCCUUCACAAAACUUGAUAGAGGCUGUGGGUGCGUUUAUGUUGCCAUAACUAGUGGCCCACCUUCCUAAGGGAAAAUUACUUCAGUUGUGUUGGAUGCAAACCCGACUCUGGUUUCCUAUAGCACAGCAAAGCCCUGUUCCCUUGGCUUGCUUUUCUCCCACAUUCAGGAGGGAAAGGACUGUGCCCUUCACCUUUGUUGCUGUCUGCUUCCCCUUUCAGGAACAGGUUUCCUUUCCUCUUCCGCACCCCUUUAAUACUCCCAGUUGCUCUUGGAAAUCACCAUGGUGUUUGGAGUGGCCUCAUUAAUUGUUCCCUUUUCUAAACAGAUUGUUGUUGGUCCUUCCACAGUUGUUGGUGUUUCUGUGUCUCUGUUGUUUGCCCUCCGUUCAGUUCUGUUCUUCCCCUAAUUUCUGCUGAGUGGCACAGGCCUCCUUUGGGAUUUAGUCAGCUACUUGUGUUCCUCCCAUAGCAGAAUGUCGUUUGAGAGAAACUCCUUCCCUGAGCGGUGCCCUCGGAUGUUAUUGAGUUGAGGCUGUUGUUGAGUUGAGGCGUGUCGGGUGGGAAUCUCUUCCUGUCGUCAUUCUAUCUCAAGGAAGGCCCACUCUUUUAUAUAUUUAUUUGUUGUUUUGUUUAGCUUCCCCAGGUGCCAGAGCUUUUUGCUUGCAAAGAAAUUCCAAAGUGCAACCACUUCUUUUGCAAUUGAAGGUAGGCGAGAAAAGAUGAGAAGACAGGAUCCGCGUUUGUGUUCUUCCUACCUCUUGCUCCCUGACUGUUGAGUUUACCUGUCCAGGUAGAGAGUCCAGUGUUCUCCCUGUUCUUCUUGUCUCUGAUUUUUGGUGUUACUUUACCUUUUCUUGCUUAGAUUGGAGGGAAAGGUGAAGUGGGCCUUACUGCAAACCAGCCCCUUCUACAAAACAUUGGGGUUGAUGAAGACGGUUCAGAGGCUAUUUCCCUGGAGAAGUAUAGUGUCUUAAUCUGAGGGAAUUGGUUGAGUCACUUAAGCUUGAGUUUGCUCUGGCCUUCUCCCCUUUUGCGGUGGGAGCUUAACACUGGGAGACGUGAGUACUUCUUGCCUGCCUUCCUGCCUGCCUAAAAGCUUUGCCAUCUGGAGCACUGGGGUGACACAUCAUGUGUCAGGCAGACCCCAGGCUGUUGAAGGAUGCCCCUGGAAGUACUUACUACUAGGCACGGAAGGCCUCAAACCUUUGUUGCUGACCCUGUUGACAUCAGCAUUGACAAUUCCUUUAAAGAGACUUGGUUCCAGCUACCCAACGGCUGAGAGAGAGGGCCCUUCCCAGGAGGCCAUCUAUACCUGUGUGGCGAAAUCAGCAGAAGUAGUUGGUUUCGGUCCUUCACUUUGACAGCGGAAGCCACCAUUACCUCCUGGCGAUGGAAUCCCCAUAUAGGAGCUAAUUUGCUGCUUUGAUUUUAAAUGUGGCCAGCAUUUGAAUGAUGACAUAGGUGUCAAGCAAAGGAGGACUUCGAAAGGUGGGAAAACACUGGCCUGAAGAUUUGCAGCACAAAGCAACAUCUGAAAGUUAAAGCUAACUCAACGGAACAGGAGGGAAAAAAGCUUAAUAUUUCUUUCCUUUAUCCAUCUUACAUGCACAUGUUCUUUACAAGAGGCACUGUGGUAUUGGAAUAAGUUGCUGGAUCUCUGCAGGACCUUGUUGGGCCAUCAGAAGAAUUCUCAGAGCCUCUUGUGAGUUGUAUUUUUCAUUUUUAAAUUAAGCUGUUUGUACAAUCUUCUGGACAACUUCUUACUGACUUUCCUUCGCUGAAUCUGUCUCCUUCGUGUCCUAUCAUCCCCACCCCUCCACUCAAAAGUUGGGAAUAAAAGGGAGAGACUUGGAUACACCAGGAAACUGGAUUUAUAAUUUUUUGACGCACAUCUGUUUGACUAGUUUAGGGUUUUCUUUCAAAAAGAAGUCCAAGAUGGAUCUGGAGCCCCAGCAGUUAGGUAUGUUUGUCGAAAGCGAAUUGAUGUCGGUGGGCAUGGACACGUUUAUUCAUCGAAUUGACUCCACGGAAGUGAUCUACCAGCCCCGGCGGAAGAGAGCUAAGCUCAUCGGCAAAUACCUAAUGGGGGAUUUGCUGGGGGAAGGGUCUUAUGGCAAAGUCAAGGAGAUGCUGGACUCCGAAACCCUCUGCAGGAGAGCGGUCAAGAUCCUGAAGAAGAAGAAACUGCGCCGGAUCCCCAAUGGUGAAGCCAAUGUUAAAAAGGAAAUACAGCUCCUGCGUCGGUUACGACACAAAAACGUCAUUCAGUUGGUCGACGUGUUGUACAACGAAGAAAAGCAGAAGAUGUAUAUGGUGAUGGAGUACUGUGUGUGUGGCAUGCAGGAGAUGUUGGACAGCGUCCCUGAAAAGAAGUUUCCGGUCUUCCAAGCACACGGGUAUUUUUGCCAGCUGAUUGAUGGUUUGGAGUAUCUUCACAGCCAAGGCAUCGUUCACAAAGACAUCAAACCAGGGAACCUCUUACUCACCACCAACGGAACGCUGAAGAUUUCAGACCUGGGUGUGGCAGAGGCAUUGCACCCGUUUGCUGAGGACGACGUGUGCCGAACGAGCCAGGGCUCCCCUGCUUUUCAGCCACCCGAAAUCGCCAACGGCCUUGACACCUUUUCGGGUUUCAAAGUGGACAUUUGGUCUGCGGGCGUUACACUGUACAACAUAACAACCGGCCUUUAUCCCUUUGAGGGCGAUAAUAUUUAUAAGCUGUUCGAAAACAUUGGGAAAGGGGACUACACGAUUCCGGAAGAUUGUGGCCCUCCGCUCUCGGAUCUGCUUAGAGGAAUGCUUGAAUAUGAUCCAUCCAAGAGGUUUUCAAUACAACAGAUAAGGCACCACAACUGGUUCCGGAAAAAACACACGCAGUCGGAGGCCCUGGUGCCCAUCCCUCCCAGCCCAGAGACAAAGGACCGGUGGCGAAGCAUGACAGUGGUGCCUUACCUGGAAGACCUGCAUGGCUAUAAUGAGGAGGAGGAGGAUGACGACCUGAAGGAGGACUAUUUGGAGGACGAGAUCAUCUACACUCAGGACUUCACUGUACCAGGGCAGGUGCCUGACCAGGAGGCCCAGCAGAAUGGACAGAGCCGACACCGAGGAGGAGGAGGAAUGCUGCUGCCCAAGCCCCUCUGCAUGAACGGGACCGAGACUGGGCCGCCGGGCAACAAGGCUAAGACUGAGCGCAGGGACAGCAAGUCUGCCACCUCCAAUCCGCCCCGCAAGGCCGCCUCUGCUGCCACUGCCUCCUCUGCUGGAAGCAAGAUCCGCAAGCUCUCCACCUGCAAGCAGCAGUGAUUCCCCGGAACCUCCUCCUUCGCCUCUUCUCCCGCCUCCCUUCCCUUCCCGUAGGCAGACGUUCCGUAUAGAACACGCUUACAAUCAACAGACGGAAGAAGAAAGAGAAAGAAAAGACUUUGGAAAAGUGAUGAACCUGGAACGGAGGGUAGGGGGGCGCCGCACGGAAACUUCUUCCCUUCCCUUCCUUCCCUUCCUCCUGAUGCUGUCUGGACUCCUCCUUUGCACCACUUUCGAGGUGUCCUCUUGUGGGACGGACGAGAAAGGUUUGGCGAUCCUUUCUCGGACAAUUCUGCGCUUCGGCUGGCCGCUGAUCGGGACUCUGUAGGGACAGACAGAUGGGGGAAGGUAUUCCUGUUGGGGCCGGAUGGCGGGGUCCGGGUGCGGGAGACGGACAGGGCUCCUUUCUACAGGAAUCCAUCUCUUGCCUUCCUGGGUGUGUGAGAAUCGUUUAGCAAGCCAUCCAAACACGCACUUUAUGUAGUAACUACUGUUAUAUAUAUAUAUAUAAUAUAUAUAUUAUAUUAUAUAUAUUUUCCCCUUUUCUUGAGCCCCUCCCCCCUCUUUUUCGUUUUGUUUUUUUCCUUUAUCUAUUUUUCAAUCUCUCUAUUUCUUCCACAUUGUGAUGUAUUUGAAAAGAUUUUUUAAAAACACCUGGAGCCAGGGGCAGGUGGGGAGGAGUGUUUGAGGCCUUUGGAAAUGGAAAGCGAUGGGGAUCAUUUCAAGGAGCCGAAGCGGGUUCAGGAUGCGGGGGAGAUCACACUUGGUGUUGAACGCAGGGCAAACGCAGUGCCCACCGUAAAAUUGCAAACCGUAAAGCAAAACCGUGAAUAAUAAAAUGGAGAAACAAGUCUGCAUGCUGUUUAUAAAAGGGCUGGAGUAAAGGGAAACGAGUGGGGUUUUGGUUUUCUUCUUCCUUUCCUUUCCUUUUCUUCCUUCCUUCCUUCCUUUUUCCCUUUCUUUUUAAAAAAAUGAAAAUAAAGUUAAAAAGGAGA